AUAAUUCUAUAUGAUGUCAACACAAUGUGUAGCACUCGCUUAUUUCUAAGAUCUUCUCGGUAGGGUUAGUUCAAACGCACAACUCUAGAAGUAACACAGGGAGCCGACCUUUCUGUUUUGAAAAAAAACAAAACUGAAUCGACUAUCUUUGUAAUCAUUUAAAGAGACGGAAAGGAAUCGCAGAGUAUAGUAAGAGGGAAGGAAUAGUAGAUUGCAGGAAAGAGAGGGUGAUUUUGACGCAGGCAUAUCUGGCAGAAAUGGCUUCGCAAGAUGUCGAUAUGACACCGGCAGUGCCUUCUGGGGAGGGCUCCAGCGCCUCCAAGAAGCCCAAGCGCUUUGAAAUCAAGAAAUGGAACGCCGUCGCCCUUUGGGCAUGGGAUAUUGUUGUUGACAAUUGUGCCAUUUGCAGAAACCACAUUAUGGACCUCUGUAUUGAGUGUCAGGCAAAUCAAGCUAGUGCAACCAGCGAAGAAUGUACUGUUGCAUGGGGAGUAUGCAACCACGCCUUCCACUUUCACUGCAUAAGUAGGUGGCUGAAGACACGUCAAGUCUGCCCUUUAGAUAAUAGUGAAUGGGAGUUUCAGAAGUAUGGACAUUAGAGUUCAUAUGGCUCUGACAGCCUCAAGUUGCAAGUCAGAUAAUAGUGAAUGGGAAUUUCAGAAGUAUGGACAUUAGAGUUACUUCCUUUUCGUAAUAUUACAUACUGAUAAUGUUGAUUCCUGUGGUGCCGAAGUUCUAAGUGAUAUCUUAGUCGAAUCUAUUUUGGAGCCUUGAUUUUAUUGAGCUGUGUAAUAGUGCUCUAUUAUAUUGGAUUAUGAAUGAUUUUUAAUAUUUCCCUUUUGACUCAUCUAUGUUUGGUAUGUUGUGAUAUUUUGAUAGUUUUCCAAAGCUGAAUGAAAUUUAUCUACUUUUUAGAUUUA